GAUCCACAAGAACAUGCUGCUGGACCUGACCAAGGAGCUGAUGAAGGAGUUGGGCAUCACCGUGGUGGGCGACGUCAUCGCCAUCCUGCGCCACGCCAAGGUGGUCCACAGGCAGGAAAUGUGCCGGGCGGCCUCGGAGUCGCUGCAGCCGGAGGCUCCGACAGAGCGGGGUCUGGGGGGCUCCGUGCGGGACCGGGAUCACCGGGACCGGGAUGAUCGGGAACAGGAUCUCCGGGAUCCCCGGGCUCUCCAGGCUCUCCGGGAUCCCCGGGAUCCCCGGGAGCGGCCGUGCGGAGCCGCUGAACGGAUGAUCAGCAACAGCCUGAGGCGGGAGCCGCCCCCGCGCAGCCCCCGCGGGAUCUCGGUCACCGUCCCCAACGGCACCGGUGCCAUCGCCGCCCGUGGUGCGGCGCUGCCGCCGGUCCCGUGCAAGCGGCGCCGGGUGACAGCGGAGAUGGAAGGGAAAUACGUGAUCUCCCUGCCCAAAGGCACCACGGCCCGGACACGGAAAAUCCUGCAGCUGCAGGCGGCCCGAGCUGCAGGCGGCCCGAGGUGAGCACAGAGGGAAUGCUGGAUUAUCCAAAUGUGGGGAAUGCUGGAUUAUCCAAAACCUGGGAAAUCCUGGAUUAUCCAAACCUGGGAUGGGAAAAUCCUGAAUUAUCCAAACCUGGGAAAAUCCUGGAGCUGCAGGCGGCCCGAGGUACGGGACAGAGGGAA